GAGUCCCUCACACACUGUCAGCGGAUCGAGCCCAGUGCAGCCCAGCCAUGAACAAAGUCCAAUAACGGUCGAGCGUGGGUGCCCUGCAGCGGGACUUUCUUUGCCUUUUUUCCCCCCCGCCAUCCGUAACAAGCAUGUACCGCUCAACCAAAGGAGCCUCCAAGGCUAGACGGGACCAGAUCAACACCGAGAUUCGCAACCUCAAGGACUUGUUGCCCAUCUCUGACGCCGACAAAGCCAAGCUGUCAUACCUGCACAUCAUGUCACUCGCCUGCAUGUACACCAGGAAGUCUGUCUUCUUCUCGCCGCCAGAGGCUGCAAACGCAUCGGAGGAGCCGAGCGCUCGCUUCCUGUCCCUGCCCGAGCUGUCCGACCUCAUGCAGGCUCUCCCGGGUUUCCUCAUGCUGCUCACCGCCGAGGGGAAGCUGCUCUACCUGUCCGAUGCCGUCUCCGACCACCUGGGACAUUCCAUGGUGGACUUAGUGGCGCAAGGAGACAGCGUGUAUGACAUCAUUGAUGCUUCGGAUCAGCUGACCGUGAGGAAUCAUCUGUCCAGCGCAGCCUCCCCAGAGAUGGAUCGCCUCUUCCGUUGCCGCUUCAACACAUCCAAGUCGGUGCGCAGGCAAAGCGCUGGGAAUAAGCUGGUUCUGAUUCGAGCUCGCCGCCUGUCCGUGCCCACCGCCAGCAGCGCUGCCGUCGGAUCCUACUGGACUUCCAAUCCCGUCUGGGUGUGUUUUUGCUCACCUUUGGAAAGCCAUCCCGUCCGCUCCGGACUGGAGAGCACAUCCGCCGAUCCACCGGUGGCCGACGCCAAUCUCUUCCUGGAAGGCUUUCACUCCCAGCACGGCCGAGACUUGAGGCUGCAGGCUGCGCACGAAAGCGUGCACACUUACCUGGGCUACGACGUGGCGACGUUACGCUCUCGCUCCUGGUACGGCCUCCUCCAUCCAAACGAUCUGGCGCACGCCUCCGCUCGGCACCGCAGCCUGCUGCAAGAGGGAGGAGAGGGCCGAGGCGAGAUGGUGGUGCGCGUGCAGGCUCAGGACCAAACGUGGGUUUGGCUCUACAUGGUCCUCCAGCUGCAACCAGGAGACGUCCCCGUCGCCAGCAGCAACUACGUCAUCAGUGAGUCGGAGGCCUGGUCAGUGCGUCAACAGCUGACCUCAGAGCAGACUCAGCUCAGCCUGGUCCUGAGUUCAGGUCCCCCCCUGCAAGAGAGCCUCCAGUCCCCCGACACCCUGUCCAGCCCCGACCAGGUGUUCACCCCCGGCAGCAGCGGCCUGUCAGGCCAGUCCUUCGACUUCAGCACGGCGGGCUGCAGCGUGGCCUCCUCGGACGAACGGGCUAGCUCGGCGGCCGAGGCCAUGCAAACGGAGGAGGAGCCCCGCUCCAGCAUCUCCUCCCUGGAGGAGGAGGCCUUCUUCCAGGCGCCGCCCGUCCGCAGCCCCUCGACGGCCCCCUCGCCCACACCGGUCACAGUGGAGACGGUGUCCGACUUGGACUUUUUAACACAGAACAUCCUCAUGCCGCCCUCCUUCGAGCUGGACCCCCCUCUUCCAGCUCUCCCCCUACCGCUCCCGCCCGUCCCCACCUCACAAGCUCAGCAGACCAAAGAGUUUGUGUGCACGCCUCCGUACACCCCCCACAUUGGAGGGGCUAGCUUCCCGUUUGAGGAGCCGCACUUCAGCUUUGACCCCACGGGUACCACCACGCCACCCCCGUCUGCCACCACUGCCACAGCCACAACCUCCAUGGCUGCAUCUUCUGUCUCCUCUGCGCCCCCACCCACCACCACCGGCUCAAGCCCCACACCGCCCACCACCCUGUCCACCAAGCUUCCCCUCAGCCUUCCCAACCCCUCCACAGAACUGCUCUUCGCCGUGGAUCCCUGCUGCGGAGCCCUCUACGAGAAAUUGCCGCCCACGCCGGACAGUCCAGGAGACGGCGACUGCACGGUGAUGACCCUUCCAGAGGUUCGGGGUCCGCUCUACGUGGACGUGCCCUUGAGGCCUCUUCAGUGUCCCCCCGAGGGGCUCCUCACCCCUGAGGCGUCCCCUGGAAAACAGCCUUGCCUUUCCUUCUUCUCCCUGGAGAGAGAGCGGGAGAAGGAGAGGGCUGAGAUCUCCCUGCUGGCCCAGCACAUCAGCUCCCUGGCGGAGGGGUUCUACCUGGACCCCCUCCUGUCCAAGCUGUCCCCGACAUCCUUGUCCAACCCUCCGUCCCCCUUCCUAGCCGAAAUGGUCGAUUCAGUCCAAGCGCUUCGGGAGUUUUAUCCCAUCAAAGCGUGGCAAGGCCUGGACAUUCCCAUGUUCCUGGAGGACGACACCUCUCUGUUUGAAGAGAGCAUCCUAGACACCCUCCUCCAAGACGUGCCCCCCGAGUCCCCCUCGCCCAUCCACAUCCCGGACGCUUCAAGCCCAGUCUCUCCUCCGACACCAGUGUGCUGGCACCAAGCCUCCCAAUUUGAGGGAGUGGGCCAAUUCUGUAGCGCCCAAUCGGCGCAACCUAACUCGGCGGACGGGUGCGGGGAGAGCGACGAGGUCGCCAUGGAGGAGGAGUCGGCGGAGGAAGCCGCCGAGAUGGAGGUGGCGUUAUCUCCCGUGUCUUCAUGCUCCUCCAUACCGGCUUCUCCUCCACUCAUCCUCACCUCCUCACCGGGGCCCGUUACCACCGUAGCCUCCACCGGCGUGGUAGAGGCGGUCUCCCCCGCAGCCGCCGCCUCCUGCACUCAGUCCCUCCUGGAGGAACUGGCUGUGCUGGAGCCCAUGUUUGGGGCAGGUGCCUCGAUCGCCCCUGGUUUAGGGCAACAACCUGAGUUGUAUCAACUCCAGUGUCAUCCAUCGCCACAGUGCUUCCACAAAGAUGGGAGUAGAAGCAUCCCUCCGUUCUAAAAUAAGUCUGUGACUUACUUCAUCAAGUAUGGCAUAUUGUCAUAUUUUGUGGAGACACACUUUUACUGCAAAGUAAAACAUGAUUAAGUGUAUAAAUAUACAUAAUGUGUAAAGGACUGACGCCUACAUGAGAACAAAAAAUGGGCUUUCUAUUUUUUGUUCCACCAUGAAGAUGUAUACUAGUAAACCUGGUGCGACAUUUACAAGCAGAACCAGAAGAACAACAUGGACGCCCGACUGACUGAGUCCUGAGUCCAUGUGGUGUCUGCCGCCCGCUUCAGAUUGGCCAUCUGAACUUGUUAAGCGUUGUUUAACUUACAGACAUGCAUUUGUAUUCACUCGUAGUGAAAAAUAUCUGUCGUGAACAUGGACAAAGAAAAAAAAAAAAAGGCUAUUUUAAUAGAGAGUUGAUUUAUGACUUUUUAGCACUUUUUUGCCUGACGUGCAGCAAAAUUGAAAAGGUGCUCCGGUGUGGCAUUUUAAAUACACUUGGAAUUGAAAGCACACUUCUAGCUUCUGAAUUCUGACUUUGCGGCUUGCAAACCUUUAACAUUCCAUGAAGUGUCUGUCCAUCUCAACUUGUGUUGAUCUUUGUGAUGUGCAACCAACUGGUAAAAAAAAGAAAAAAGAAAAAAAAAAGCAUGUCAAGAGAUUUUUGGCUUAUGCUGCCAAUGAGCUCUUUCGUUGUACUGUACAUUUAGACUUUGAAUGUGGACUCUUCAGAUCAGGGAAUCAGCGUGUGUUAUUCGACAGGGUUGCAAAGGGGCAGGAAUUUCCUUGAGAAGUUAAAACGGUGAAUUUUGAAACUUGUUUUGAAAUUGAAAAUUUUUCAUGGGAAUUGAAUUCGGAGGGACACUUUAUGGCAAGUGAUCACAUUUUGCAGCCUGAAAAACUUUGAAGUAACAGAACAGGAACUCCUGCGUAUUUGCAAUUUUGCAGUUUUCAUUUUUCUAUU